GCAUGCCUAAUGCGGCGAUGAUGCCAUUCCAGGUUUCAUGUUGAUCGUGUCGCUGAAAGUCGGCGACGUGCCCAUGAUUAUACAUAACGCUAGCGUUUUACUGCUCAUGAUGAUCCAACUGUCCUUCUACACGUUCGCCGGCGAUUGCCUGGAGAUGAGAAGCACCGCGCUGUCCUACGCCACUUACGAUUGCGACUGGCACGAGCUGCCGGCCAGCACUGCCAGGGACAUACGAUUCAUGCUGAUGCGAGCCAAUAUCCCUCACCAGCUGACGGCCGGGAAAUUCGUGGCGAUGAACAUGAUAACGUUCAAGGACAUCCUAAAGUCCACGGCCUCGUAUCUGUCGGUCCUGCGCGUCAUGUUGGACGAGUGAGCUCGCCUGCGUC